UCCCUACGCUCAGGGCCCCUGCAUUUUUCUCGUUUCCCGUGGGACGUUAUCGACGCCGCGUCCCUCUCCUGGCUUUCGACGCUGGUAAGCACUCCGCCCAUCUCUCUCUCUCUCUCUCUCUCUCUCUCUCUCUCUCUCUCUCUCUCUCGUUCUCUCUCGCCCUCUCGCCCUCUCGCGUUCUCUCGCCCUAACUCUCUGUCGAUCUCCCCGUUCCGGUAUAGAUCUCCCCGGAGCCAGCGCGCCGCCCCACGCCACCAGGGGCAUCUUGAACGUUCCUAGACAGCCCCGCCUCGCUCUCGAAUCCACCAGGCCACCGCAACGAGAUUUGAUUAAGGUGUUAUUUAAUUUCUAAACAUUUUAUCUUUGGCACUGAGAUACAAAAGGUUUAGAUGGGUGUGAAACAAGCUAUAAAGAGCCUCGAUGCAUUUCCUCGUGCAGAGGACCACUUGCUGCAGAAAACUCAAUCUGGCGCACUUGUCUCCGUUUUUGGACUAGUGAUAAUGGCAAUAUUGUUCCUGCACGAGCUGCGAUAUUACAUUACCACCUAUACCAUUCAUCAGAUGUCAGUUGAUUUGAAACGUGGAGAAACUCUUCCAAUCCACAUAAAUAUGACAUUUCCAUCUUUACCAUGUGAUGUUGUUAGCAUUGACGCGAUUGACAUGUCAGGAAAGCACGAAGUUGAUCUUGAUACUAACAUAUGGAAACUGCGCUUGAAUAGUGAUGGGCAUAUUAUCGGCACUGAGUAUCUGUCUGAUCUUGUGGAAAAGGAACACACAGCGCACAAGCAUGAUGGUGAUAAAGAUCAGCAUGAGGAUUCGGAUCAAAAAAUUCACGGUUUUGAUCAAGCAGCAGAAAAUAUGGUCAAGAAAGUGAAGCAAGCGUUGGCACAUGGAGAAGGAUGCCAGGUUUAUGGUGUCUUAGAUGUCCAAAGGGUUGCUGGAAAUUUUCACAUUUCAGUUCAUGGCUUAAACAUUUAUGUUGCCCAAAUGAUUUUUGAAGGAUCUAAUAAUGUGAACGUCAGCCACAUUAUUCAUGAUUUGUCAUUUGGCCCAAAAUAUCCGGGAAUUCACAAUCCACUUGAUGGGACAGUACGUGUAUUGCAUGACACAAGUGGAACAUUCAAAUAUUACAUAAAGAUUGUUCCUACUGAAUAUAGAUAUAUCUCAAAAGAAGUUUUACCAACCAACCAAUUCUCUGUCACGGAAUACUUCUCCCCCAUGAAAGAGUUUGAUAGGACAUGGCCAGCUGUCUACUUUUUGUAUGAUUUGUCGCCUAUUACUGUGACCAUCAGAGAAGAACGUCGCAGUUUUCUGCACCUCAUCACCCGACUAUGUGCUGUACUAGGCGGUACCUUUGCUUUAACAGGAAUGCUAGACCGUUGGAUGUACAGGCUUCUUGAGGCUCUGACUAAACCUAAAGCUAGGAGUGUAUUUCGGUAAAGUUGGGGUUUAAAAUACCCAUCAUCUUCACAUGGCAUCAAGGAAUUCCUGAUGCAAUUAAGAUGGUGAGUUUCCCUAGUUCAGCAUCUGAUCUUCGAUGAAAAAUGCAGAAGGCAAGAGUUAAACUCAACACUGCUUGUGUGAGAAAUGAUUGUAAUGACAUUGACAUUGUCAUCUGUUUGUAUCUCUAAUUAUUUGGUAUCAAUAGCAUUGCAGCUCCAGGGGAAAUUUUUUAAGUUUUUCACAGCCUCGCAGGUAUUUGGUAUCAUUUAUAUAGCAUGCAUGCAUACUUACAUAUAUAAACCUUAAAAAAGUUUCA